AUGUCAUCUGCUCGACAGAACAAGAAUAAAGGCUGCGGACUCGUCAACACCUCUAUAAAUAAAUUACCUAUUGAGCUUCAUUUACCGGGUUAUCAAUAUUGUGGACCGGGUACUGAUUUGAAAAAAUAUAUAGCUCGAGGUAAUUAGGUAUAAACCCGUUGAACACGGCGUGUAGAGAACACGAUUUGGCUUACGAUCACAGUAAUUCUUUAACGGAUCGUAACAAAACAGAUUAUAUAUUAGAAAAUCGGGCUUGGGAAAGGUUUAAAUUAAAAGACGCUAACUUUAAGAAAAAAUCAUCGGCGUGGACCAUCACUACGCCUAUGAAAACUAAACUUACAUUGGGCGCGGGGUGUGGAUUCAAGACCGCCGUUAAAGCAACUAAAUCAUAUUAUUUACAUAACGUACAAAGCACCCCAUACAAAACAAAAGGGACUACAUUCGAGUAAAACGCAGUACGUUCUGUUCGUCAAACAAAUACACAUCUCCUCUGCAUGUAUCGCAGACUCCUUUUGCCAAUCAGGUAUUUGUUUUAUAUUUUAAAACGUAAUAUUCGGAAUUGGUACUCAGUUUGAUGUUUUGAAAAGCAGUGAAAUAAACCGCUCCUUUUUUUAAAAUGGUUUGGGAACGAACAAUUUAUUUUAUUAUUAAACCUAUCAUUGUUAUUAAUCAUUUUCACUUUUAGUAUAUUAUUUACCUUAACACACCAGUGCAAAAUACAAUGACCCUUACGAUGCAAAUAUCUAUCCAUUACACAAUAGAUUUAAUUAAAAAUUAACGACCAAAAGAAAAAAAAAAUACUAUUAAAAAAGACAAGGGCGGAAAAUAAUAAAAUGCGAGAAAAAUCACUUAGUAAACUGAAGGAUUGUUGAAACACUACUAAAUAUUAUUUGCUGAAGAACCCAAAAGAGUCGAAAUAUACGGUAUUUUUCAAACAAAGGCACAACAGAUUCAUUAUUUUAAAUUUGUACGACUUACGUUUUCCACCAUAAAUAUUACUUUAAUAGAUAAAUGACAAUAGACCUUUUUCGUUAAAUUGUUUAUGUUAUUUGUAACCAAGAUAAUCGUUUUUUUGAUUUUCUUUGUAGUUUUUUUUAAUAAUUUGGCAAAACCGAAAAAUUCCUAUAAGAAAAUUUACAAAAAUAAUUCUCUUAUUAUUUUAAUUUUGAUUUUUUGGAAUGUAAUUUAGUUUAAAAUAUUCGUAGAGACCAUAAAUGUUGACAGAAAACUUACAUUUACUUUUUCUAGACAUGGUAAAACUUUCUAAACUUUUGAGUAAUUUUAGACCUAUUUAUAGACAUUUUUAUUUUGCGAGUUUUUUACGUAAUUUUUUAUUUGGUUAGUACUCUGUUGGUAAAUUGUUAGACUUGACAGAAAUGCUUGAAGUGUAGAAUAUUUUUUUUUAGUAAGAAUUUAAAAGUUAUAUUUUGACGAAAAUCUAAAAUAUUACGGCCUUUCAAAAAUGUAUAAUCGAACUUCGUUCCAAAUCAUGUUUCGUUAACAAUGGUUUAUCGUAAAUUACAAGUAUAAAUUAAAUAAUUCUAUGUAUUCCUACUUCCCGACUACCCAUCUACAAGUGGCCGCACCCGUUCCUAGAUCAGCUCUUUAUUGUUAUUAUUAUUAUUAUUUUCAAAUUAAGGAAAUACGAUACUGUACAUUAAUAUUCCAUACGCAACUUUCUUCAGUAUAACGUUUGCGUACGGAUUACUAGACCUUAUUUAUUUUAUUUUAUAAAAUAUGUAUACCUACCGUAUGUUAUAUGGACGACGACUGUAGUAAGAAUUACAAAAAUUUUACUUAUACGUUUCAUUGUAAAUGUAUAAAUGUUAGGUAGGUAAUUUACUAUUAAUGAAAAGAACGAAUUAUGAAAAAAAAAUAUAUUUGUACAGCCUUAUAUAGUGGUAAAUGAAAAUAAAAAACUUACGUAAAUAAUGUUUUGUUUAUUUAAAAAUAAUAUUCAUAGUGAUGUAUACUAAACAAAUAUGGAUUUUAUACUAUUAAAGGUUAUUACAAUUCGAUUAGUCCCUCUGAAAAAUGUUUAACCUAGUUACGAAAAGUUAGAACGAUGAUGCUUUAUGCUAGAAAAAUAAUAGAUGCUUUAAAAAAUAAUCAUAAAAAAAUUAUUUCUAAUUGACAACAGGUUUUUAAUAAUACGUGUAAAUGUAUCUAGUUAUUUUAAAAACAUCACUAAUCAGCGAGUUGAUGUGUUCUUUGUUCAGCGUUUACCGUAUCUGUGGUAUAUAAUAUAGAAGAUCUGUGACUGAGUAGAGUAGAUUCAUAUAUACAGUGUGCCUCACACGAAGAUCAAAUAAAUACAAUAACUUUUGUUCCGUGCAAUAUUUUUAAUUUUUUUUUUUUAUAAUUGACCAUUUUUAGAUUCUGAUCUACUGGUUUUACAAUGCUGUUAAUUUUUUCUUCUUUUUUUUUUUUUGUUCUAGUCUGUGGAUAUGUUUUUUCCUAGUAAAUUUGCUUCGGUUUUUACGUGUGACAUUUUUUCUGAAAUCUCAAGUUUUCUAGAUUGUACUUUGAACAGGUCAUUUUUUGAUUUUCUACGCCAUUGUUUAAAUAAAACCACCUUAGUAGGAAAAAAGGUGGGAAAACAUAAAAUUUCACGAUUUCAUUAUUUUAUAAAAACACGAACGACGCUUUCUACCAGAAAAAAUGAUUUAAUCGAAAAAUUACAAGACACCAUUUGUUGCCUUUUUAAUUUACUUUCUUACAGUAUCAUUACCAAAAAAUUUGGGUUUAUUUUGGGCUUUUAUGGAAUUUUAAUUUUUUGGAGUUUUUUGCUGUAAUUCGGUUGUAAAUGCACGUAGAGACUUGCCAAUUGGUAAUAAUACUUAUAUUAGACUUACCUAGACGUAAAAAAAAGUCCAAAAUCAUCGGAUGACAUUUUUUUUUUUAAAUUUUUUUAUCUUUGAAAACUUGUUUCGAUAUAUCAGUUUAGCACUUUUUCUUUAAGUCAAUUUUAUCUACUUAGAAAAUACAAAAAUAAUUUUUAAUUUUCGAAACGAUAUUUAAAAUAAAAACGAUUAACCGGGGAAAAAAAUACGGUUUUACCAUGAUUUCGUUAAUUAAAAUAAGUACCUACCACGUUUUCUAGCACAAAUAUGGCUCCAAUUGAAAAACGACAAGAAACCUUUUUUUUGUUUUAUUGUAUUUUUUUUUUUAAUAGUUUUUAAUUUUAGUAAUUUAAUAAUUUUUUGAAAUUAAAUUUAGUGAAAAUCGCAAGAAAAAAAUUAUAGCAUUUUAAAUUAUGUAUUACCGAACUGCGCUCGAACUUGUUUUUCGUCAGCAAUGGUUUAUCGUUGCUUAUAGAUAUAAAUUAAAUAACCUUUUGAAUUUUAUCUUCCCAACUCCCCACUUACAACAGUGGCUACUCCCAUCCCCAGUAUCAGCUCUUCUUUAACUUCACCUUUACACCAUUAAUUAAAACUGUAACAUCCCAAAAGGAGUUCCAUACGAACAUAAUUUUUUUUGUCAUAAGAAACCGUACUUUUAUUUUAUACUUACACCGCCAGGAAACGGCAGUUCGUCAACAAGCACAAAUGCAGAUCACUAGAUCGCGGUACGCGCACUUAAAGAAAUCCAAGCUACACCGUUGCGCCGCAUCACUCCUGCCAACCGGCUGCCACCACCACGUAACAACACAAUGCCAACGCCGCCGCUGCCGAUCGGAUCACAAAAACCGACCGUCCAGCCGCCGGCUGAAACACCCUCUUUCGUAGUCCGUCCAUUCCGACACACGCGAUCACCAGUCAAUAGACAACAAUCAAGCUUAUAUCUUUAAUCUGCUGCCGCCUCACCGUUAGGCAAUCCACCUAUAGCCACUACCACCAACAGCCACGUACUCUACCAGUAAUUGCUAUUACUAUCGGUCACCACCGGCUACGGUCAUGCCCCCCCUUCCCCCUACAACUAAUAACUAUCGUUCCCGGCACCACCGGCAACUGCUAUUCCCCUUUUCCCAAAAACAUCACCGGCAAAUGCCACGUGCCCCACCGGUAACUGUUAUACCUAACCUACCCAUUACCACCAGUAUCAGCCAAGCGCUCCACCGCUAACUGAAUAUAUUCCCUUUUCCCAUUAUAACACCCACACGAAUAGCAUCGAACCCUUAAUAUUGUAUUCCCCAGCACAUUGUAUUGUGUUUCCGUUAUUUAUACACAUUGUAUCCGAUUUCUUAAAUAAUUGUAACUCUUAUAAUAAAUAUAUGAUUGUUAAACGUGUAAAUUGAUGAAAAUAAAAGAUAAUAUUUUGCUAUACGGAAAACUUCACGAGUUAUUUAUGCUAACGACGGUCAUCCAGCCGGAACGUUAUAAAAUCUAUGAUAACACUGUGUAAACUUUUUCUGCUUGGCCAAAUCGAUUUUAUCUCUAUAAAGAUAAUACUGAUCAUUCCACCAGGCGUGUAUUCAGAAUUUUAUUUCGGGGAUCAAAAUUUAUAAACAUUGUCAUACAGUAAACUAAGAAAAGCGCUCCUAGAAUAAUGGUGACGAAUGCAGCCACUGUUAUAAGUAAUUUAAUGUAUAUUUGUAAGCAACGGUUUACCAGGCGUUAUGUUGAAAUAAUAGAGUAAGAUUUACGAGAAGACUGUCUCGUACAUUUUUGUAAAGUCUGCGGUGAAUUUAAAUUUCUGCUCCAAUAGGUUUGGUCAUUCAAAAAUUCUAUGUUCCGAUAAUUUUAUAUUAGUCAUAAGACGUAAUAAAAACAUUAAUAUUGUUGUACUUGAAGCGAUAACAUUAACGUAUGAGAUUACUACCACAAAAAACGAAUAUAGUACACUGUAGUUAUAGUUAUAGUUAUUAACUACUCUUACUUUUACUUCGAUUUCUAAUAUGUUCCGAUUUUGUAAUCUGUAGCCACUAGGACAAUCAGACGUUCUGAUAUAAACUGUUGUAUAAAAUUAUUCAAGGUCUAUACAACUAAAAUCGAAAUAAUUAAAUGGCCCCGUUAUAUAUUAUAUUAUGGUAUUUUUUUAAAGUGAUAUUGGGACACUAUACAAAUAUAACAAACCCAUUCACUGAUUAUUACAGUAAUAUCACAUUGGUGAUAGUUUAUUAUUUUGAUGAUAGUUUGAUGAUACCUUAUAUCCCCGCUGACCUUUAAGCAGCACCUAGAGGAAGUUAGAAACUAGUUAAAAACCAUUAAUAACAUUAUCAGUAAGUUAGCCGGAACAAGCUGGGGUGCAGGGCAUUUAUACUCCGCACAUCUGCCUUAGCACUAGUGUAUAGUACUGCGGAGUAUUGCGCCCCAGUAUGGGAGAGGAGUGUUCACACGAGGAAAGUAGAUCUUGAAUUAAACUCGGUGUGUCCGUCAACCCAUAUAGUUACGGUUAUUGAUUUGGUUUAUCAUGAGAUAUUUUGAGAUAGUUCGUUCGAUUUUUCACAAAUGAUUGACAUAUUUGCAUCAACGAAAUCUGGAAGAAUAUCAAUAUUACAAAAUAUUAUUGAAGUUCAGUGCAUAUAUCUACAUUUAACAUUAUUUUAUAUAAUCUAAAUAUAAUAAAUUUAAUAUGAUUAACUAACAUUUUUAUUUUAUUUUUGCUAACCAGUUAGAUUUUAAUAUAUUUUUCUAUUUACCAGGGCCUUUUACUGAUAUAGGCCUGAGUAGUAUAGAUUUGUAUAUUCUAUCCCGCAGCAAAACGUCCCAUGAAACCGAUAAAUUUAACAUAUUUGAUUUGGCGAAAAGUUUUGACCCAGCGUUAUUGUCUGACUUGCUUUAGCAGUAAAACGCUGCAUAAAACUGAAAGAUUUAGCCCCUCUGAUUUGGCCUCUUUUUUUAAAUAUUUUUUUAUUUUUCGUAUUUUUUAUAAAUAAAAACAGAAUUUUAGUUUUAUUUUUAAUAUUUACAGAACUAUAGUUUUUAAUUUUAUAUAAUAUAUAACAAAUAUGUUUUUCUUAAAUACUACUAUACAAGUUUUCUUUCUUUUCUUAUUAAUGGUAUAUAUAUUCUACAACACGAUCAUGAAUUAAAAUUCAGUAAGCUGGUACGCUUUUGAAAUUUCCAGAGGCUUCAUUUCCAAACUUACGAAGAAGCUGUUGCUAAAUCAUUCUGUUUUGAAGUAUCAAUAACAACAAUUAGUCCCCAGUUCAAAAAUAGUGUAGGACUUAAUAAAGGACUUCGCACUCCGUUUUUAUUGUAAGAUUCUAGAGACGAUGCAUACAUAUCAUAAAAUAAGGAGCAAUUUGUUUUACUAAAAUUUAAAUUCAAAUCAUUAUACGGGAUACAUGACAGAAUUCAAAUAUACUUUCAAGUUUUUAAAUUACAAUGGUCUAAUUUACUAUAAUAUUCGCUAUUUUUCUGUAAUCCUAUUAUAACAUAUUAAUGUUUUUCCAGCUUUAAUACGGUUUUCAAAUUCCAAACAAUAUUUUUCAUGUCCCCAAGUUCAGGAUAUUCGUAUGUUUCAUAUGAUCUAAACAGAAUAAAUGAGCUUUUUUCUUUUUCUAUAUUUCAAUCUUUCGUCAUCAUCUACGGUAACAUGUGAUAUUUUCCAGAAUAAUUUUUUAAUUUCCAGUGCAAUAAUUGUUGUCGAUAAUAUUGACUCUGCAACUUUUUUUAAUGCAUCAACAUUUUUUCUCGUUAAAAUUAAUUCAAGCCACGUAUUUACUAAAAUCUUUUUAAAAUACACGAAAAAUCCCAUCCAAUGCUUAAGUGAAAUAUAUACACAAAAAUAUCCAGAAAUUGCAUCUGUUAUAGACUUAUCGUUUUUAAAAGACCAGCCUACAUUUUGAUGGCAUUUAUAUUAAUUUAAUGCAUAUGACAAAUAGCCUUUUAUCGAGCUAGUUACCCCUAACGCACGAGUUCUAUCUACUUCCGCUCUAUUCAUUUCAAAUCUUACUUGGUCAAAGGUUAAGAUAUACCGUUAUUAUAAAAACUAGCUUUAGUCGACUGUACUAAUUUCCCCUUGAUAUAAAGAAAAUUUUUAUGAAGAUAUAGAUACGCGUUUGACUGUUAAACUAUUAUCCUUAUUUUAUCAUUAUUUCUAUAUGAAUUUGAAUGUGAAAUAUACGAAUGGUAUUCAAUUUUAGUUCUUCUUAUUUCCGUUGUAUAACGAGAAUCAACGUUUAAUAUUUCGCUAUCAGGCAUUAUUUUUUAAUUGAUAACCAAGCGCACGAAUAAUAUUUUUACUUUUAACCGUCAAUUUCUGUAUUUUAUUUUAUGUUGACGGUUGAACAUCUAUUUCAUACUAGAUUAUAUGACGAAUGUGAUUUUAUAAGCUUAAUUUUUUUUUAAAUGUCAACCCCAUAUCUGCAACAUCUUAUAUGUAGUACAACUGUUAUUUUUUCUCAAAAAUUAUGUAUAGAGUUCUGGUCCUGAUCGGCUAACUAUAUAUGUAUUCUAUCGAUUACAGGUGUGUUCAGUUUGUAAUAUAUCAAGUUUGAUGGUCUUUCAACUAUUUUUUUUCUAGUUACUAAUGUAGGUAAAAAGUCAUUAAUUAAAUUAGAUAUCUUAUUGUUACUGAAUAAAUCUUGAGCUAUAUAAAAUAUUACUUUUAUAGAAUUUAUUGGGUUUAUAUCAACUAGAUUCUCAGAUAUCCACCAUACAUUGGGUUGAUAUACUUUUUUAUUAAACUCUAAUAUUGCCGAUAAACUAUUCGGUAUACUAAAGUCCAUUGGAUAAUUACAUAUAAAUUUAAACUCAAGUGAAAUCAAAGAUUUCAAUAUUUCAAAUACAAUUUUUUUAGUCGAUUUCUUAUUAUAUUCAGUAAUAAGAUUAUAAAUACAAAACUCUAAACGCUCGAACUCAUAAUAUCCAAUUGGAACUUCACUAACAAAUUGUUCGUCGUCUUUAUUGUCCGAUACUCGGGUAACCAUUUUAUUAUUAGAUUUGUUUAUAUUUAUAAACGUAUUAUAUAUUUGCAGGUAGAGAAGCGCAGUUUCAUGCACGAGUCUUCGUGCACGCUUGGGUGAGAAAUAAUUUGCAGAUAGUGAUGUUUUUUCACCUGUUAAACUUAAAGCAACUGCUUUAUACAUUUCUAUUCAAAACAUGAUUUAAAUUCUGCAGCGUUUAAUAUGUAAAAUAAUUGAAAUGUUGUCAAUCAUCAAGUACAGUAUAUUAUUUAUUUAUUAUAUUUUUUCGUAUUAUUUAUGUUACAGGUACAUAGAAAAAAGCAGUUCAGUCAGUCCCCAUGGUUGAAAAAAUAUAUUUAUUUGAAUAUCAAGAUGAGGAAGAAGAUGACUAAUGAAUUUGAAAAAUACUUUAACAAAUUUAUAAAUAACGCAGUAAUCGGAAAGUUAUUAUUAUUAUUAAAACCCGUAUAUAAAAAAAUAAGUGAUCUCUAAUUACUGUUUGUUGUUCUCCGAUAACAUCGUAUAUAAUAAAUAAAGAGUUCGGUAAAACUCGGGUGAAAUAACUUUAUUACUUUCGAAAUAAGUGAAUAUUUUAACACCAUCGAUCUCAUUAAUAAUUUGUUUUAGUAGUUUAUACUUUGCUGAUCGAGCGUUUUGGAAUAGAUGUACAUAUUUUUAAAUUAUAAUCCGUUUUGAUCGAUUAGUAAGAAAUACAUUAAAUUCGUUUUGUCACAACCAGAACUGCCUAGUACUAAUAACCGCACCGUAUUCGGGAAUAACUCACCGUGUCUUGAUUUCAUCGUAUAAGUAGUAUUUUUUAUAGAUCCGAAGUUUUUUCUCUUGUUAAAUAAAACGCAUUUAUUUUUUUUAUAAAAGUGGAUGUCAAAUCUUAGAGAGCGUCAUAUGCUCGUAUUCAAAAGAGUAGGACGACUGAAAAUUCUGGUCUUAAUAACUCUGUUGUAAACCAUAAGCCCGUGGAAUUACAUUUAUCUUGUUAUAGAUUUUGCGGUCAAGUUGAUAGAUCAAUUAGCACGAAAUGAACACGGGAUAAACAAUCUGGACGAAUUAGCUAGAUCACACGAUAUAACAUAUGAAAAAAGUAAUUCAUUGAGUGAUAGAUAAUGCAUAUAAAAUAUCAGAAGAAUAGGUUUGGGAAUUUUUUAAAUCUAGAAACACAGCAUUAAAGAAAAGGCUGCAUCUUGGUUAAUCACUUCUACCACGAAAGUCAAACGCAAGAUGGGGUCUGGGUGUAGUUUCAAGCAAAUAGUAACGGCAGCUAAAAAGGCGAUUAAAAAUAAAUCAGUGAAAAUAAUAUCUAUAAAUUAAUAAAGACGUGUAUGUUAGCAACUAAGAAAAUAAUAACGAAAAUAAAAAGACUAAACUCCUAGAAUUAUACCUAUUCCGGUAAAAGGUGGUGUGUUAACUAUUUUCUCCGGUUUAUCGGCGUUAGGUGCAAUAACCGGUGGUAUUGCUAAUGUAGUAAAAGUAAUUAACGACUUUAAAGUAGAUGGGAAUAUACCUGUUCAUUCAGGAAAAGAAAUGUAUUUAACGCCUUAUAAAAGCGUAUCGUACAAAAUAGAGAAAG